AUGACCAAUAAGAAUACCUCUAAAUUGAACCCAGUUAUGUCUGACUCAACAUUCUCUAAUUCAAUAAUUAUUAAGCAUACCACAGAUCAUCGCUUAUUUUCCACUCCACUUCAAAUCCUGUAUUAUUGUUUCUAUGAUCUAUUGUCAGAAUCAUCGAAAGCUUUCUUGUAUCAAUGUGAAAUUAGUAGAAUUGAUG